AUGAAACCACAAACCAAUGGGUCUAGGGUUCAUAAGCCAAAUCAUACUCGAGUUGAAGGACCUACCUGGCUUAUUAUUGCUGCGGGUGCUUUCUUGAGUACAUUGUCUAUUCGCCUCGGUUACAAAUUGAAGCAGGCAAUUGACUCUAAGUCCAUCGCCCACAAUGCAACUACUAUCCUCGAAGGUAAUGGAAAAUCCUCCAACUUAAGGAAACCUCCAGAUUGCUUUAUGCAGCCCAAUGGAUGUUCCCAAAUGCAACAUAAUCAUGCCUGCUUGACUUGCAAUCCAGGAACUGGAGGUUCUAUGGAACUAAAGUGCCCACAAAAUGAACAGAUGUUGAGUGAAUUCAACAGGGCCCUCCCUUUGGUGACUGUCCCUCCUGCUGAGUUUAGCAAGGAAAAUGGUGUUGUCUGGGCUUGCUCCCCUGAUCGUCUUGAGUUGCCUUCAAAGCCUUUCCAUCUUUCCAACUGCUCAGAUUCACCUUGUGUAUCAGAAUCUGGUUCGGAUAUUUUCAGCAAACGGGAGGUUGUACAGAAACUGCGGCAACAGUUGAAGAGAAGAGAUGAUAUGAUACUAGAGAUGCAAGAUCAAAUGGCUGAAUUGCAAAAUUCACUCAAUGCUCAGCUGGGGCUUUCUUCUCAUUUACAAUUGCAGGUUGAAGCUGCAAACAGGGACCUAUUUGACUCAGAGAGAGAGAUCCAACAGCUAAGGAAAGCAAUUGCAGAUCACUGUGUUGGAUAUGUUCCUCAUGACAAAUCUCCCACAGGCACAACUUGGUCUGCUGAGACUAGAAAUGGGCAUCUCGAUGGGGAUAUUCAUUUGGACCUCUCUGAAAAAACAAGGGAUGAGGAGGAGCGAAUUGAGAUGCUGAAAAGGCAAGUGGGAGAAUUGAAAGAGGCGAUAGAAGGAAAGGAAUACUUGCUCCAGAGCUACAAGGAACAAAAGGCCGAACUCUCUAUGAAGGUCAAAGAAUUGCAGCAGAGAUUGGAUUCUCAGCUGCCUAAUAUUUUGUAG